GGACUUAAGUCUCUUGUUUUUUUUCUUUCUUUAACCACUCUUCAACUCGAGUCUGGCGCUUCGAAAAUCACUUUUAGGAGUGCGUGAAGGGUUGGCCGAGGGCGUUGCCACAAUGAAAGCUUUCCUUUUGAUUGACAAAUAGAGGAGCCAAUAGCAUUCCUAGAUGUAUACGAGUUGACCAAUCUAAUCAGUUAUGGGAGGGAGUUUCAAAUUCCCGGUCAUUGAGCCGCUGCUUUCAGUUGUUCGAGCUCUGCAACGACCACUUUACCGAACAUGUACUCUUGAAAUUAGAAGAGGUGUCGUUUAAUUUACUUCAUAUAUCUGAGGUUUAUUUUCGUUGACGUUUUAAAUGCAGGUUUGUAACCGUACAGUUCGUGCCUGCCUAACGCAUUUCCACCAAUAACGGGUAUGUUGCUGCUAGCUUGCUAGUUAUGGACUGAGAUACAUCUAUCAUAACAUAAUCAUUCACUUUUUCACACGCAUUUAUCAUCCUUUGUAGGCUAAUGUUCCUCAGUAGUCUUCAAAACCAUCAUGUCUGAUUUCAUAUCUAAUGAUUUUAAAUCGUUAUUAUGCGAUUAGCCCUGCGCUGCCAGUUAUCUGUUAAAUAUUUUAAGGUUAGCAAGGUAACAAAAGUCAUCCAUCAGCUUACCAGCUGAGAUGUUUAGUUUGGUUCUUCUAUUGGAUAUUGAGUCAUGAAUAAAUUAGGUUUCAACCUCUAUCCAGCUCUGAUACAAUGACAUUUCAGUGAAGUGUAAAGAAAUAUCAGUCUCAUUCAUUGAAAUGGUUCCUGACACAAAUCUAUAUUUAUAAAAAAUAUUUGACAUGGACAACACCAACAAUAGCUGGAUUUAUGAAGUCGUACUGUUUUGUUUAAAUGACUAUUGAUGAUGCAAUAAGACCGUAUGAUUACACACUAUUUAAAUGUUCUGCAAUAUUUGUGCACAUCUAUCUAUCUGUAAGCCUUUUUUUAUUAUUAUUAUCAGCCACCUUAAGUCUUUUAAUUUGGAAACCUCUCAUAUUUCGUUGACCUCACAAAUUGUUUUUCAGUCAAUAUAAACUGCAUAUUAUUGAACCCAGUGCAACAAUGAUUCCCUAUAGGCUGUCAGACGAAAUGGAGGUUGGCAGAGCAGUGCAGGAUGAAUUGAAAUUUCGGGGGGCUGAAUUUGCUGUCAAGGUUGAACUGGCUGAGCGGUUACUUAUUGUUGAGAUUUCAGAUGUGGUUACAGCGGACCAGUGGAGAGGAGAGUUUGAUCCUUCUUAUAUUGAAGACUUGACCCGGAAAACUGGGAAUUUUAAACAGUUUCCAGUAUUCUGCAGCAUGUUAGAAUCUGCAGUCAACAAGUCCAGUGAAUCUGUGACCCUUGACCUCUUGACCUAUUCAGACCUUGAGCUUCUACGGAACAGAAAGGCGGGUGUCGUUGGCCGACCUCGUCCUCAGCCACAGUCCCCUGCUCUCAGUGCAAAGAGAUACCUCAUCCUCAUCUACACUGUAGAAUUUGACAGGAUACACUAUCCUCUUCCACUUCCAUAUCUUGGAAAACCUGAUCCAGCAGAGCUUCAGAAAGAAAUUCGAGCUCUGAGAACUGAGCUGAAAUCUCUAGGACUGAGAGGAGACCACAAAGUGUCAGACCAGGAGACACGCAGGCUACGCGCAGAAUUGGCUUUGGUGAGAGAUGAAAAGGAGGCCUUGGCCAAGGCUCUGGAUCGUCUGCAGAUGGGAGGUGCCGGUUCCACACCUGGGGCUCAUGGGCUCAGAGAGGCAGUCCACAGCCUUGAGGAACAGCUACUGAAGGAAAGGGCAAAAAGCCAACGUUCAGCUAGCAAGAGGGGCCAGGAACAGCGCCACCUGCUGGAACAGCUGGAGGAGCUCAGGGCUUCAGAGCGGGCUCUUCGGAUACGUGUUAAAAGUCUGACCACUGAGUUGGCCUUGCUACAUCGUGGUCGGACGACUCCGGCCAUGUCUGGCCGAAGUGGACUCCGAGGUGAUGGGGGGGUUCAUCGGUCUUUAUCCAGAGAGCGCAGUUUGACCCGUGUAGGGGUGAGAGCUCGCUCGGGCUCAAGGGAGAGGCCUGAGGAUAGGAGCAGGAGAUCAGAGGAGAGAGUGAGGAGGGCAGAUUCUUCAGGGUCUCGGAACUACAUCUCAAGACCCUCACCGUCUCCAACAGGGUCACGGGUGCCUCGGUUUGAUCCUACGUCUUACAUACAGGACAGACAACGGCGCCAAAAAGAUGCAGAGCUGAAAAAUCAGAGGAAAAUUAGAAGGGACAUGUUGGCCUCACCAUCUCUGAUGGAAAGAGGGCGUUCACGGUCCAGAGAGCUCGUUCCUCAGCUGAUGAGAGGAGGGAGUGCUGGCAGGGGGAGGAGUGUGUCUUUGGAAAGCAGGAGUCGAUGCUCUUCCGAAGGAUCUGUAGCAGAGUUUGAAGAGCUUGCUAAGCCUUUAAAUAGCAGGGGAAGGAAACUAGUGAAUAAUUGUCCUCCUGGGACCAGAGGAAGACACUUAAACAAAAAACCAAUGUGCAGCACUCCAGCACAAAGGAUGAGAGCUGCAGACACAUCUAUUGAAACAGGUGCUGACCUGUCAGAGAUUGAUGCUCGUCUCCAGGCUCUUCAGGACUACAUGCGGGACCUUGACACUGGGCGCUGACUCCACUGAGUGGAUUCAGAUGUCAAUUUAGGCAUAGUGCACAAGCUAAUACUAAGACUGAAUAACAUGGACAAUCAUUACUUGUACAACAUAAUUCAAACACUGUGUACAGAUGUACAGUAUCUGUAACAUGUAGCCAUUUUUACUAAUGAAAAAGGACAGACACACUAAUGUACAGUAACUUGGGCUAGACUUAUGAAAUACAAUUAUGUUGGUUUUUGGGGGGGGCUCUUUAGACUGUUGCCAUAUCAGACUUGAAGUAAACCAGAAGUGUCCAAAUGUAUGACCUCAGGAUAUUUUUUUUUUAUAUAUAUUCCUAUAUCUAUAUUCCUGUGUAUUUUAUCAACUAGUGUUUGUUCACCAUGGUUUUGUUUUUUUCUGUUUGUUUUUUACAUGAUUAGUGUGUAUGUUUAUGUCUGUUUUAGCUGAUCUUCCAUUUUUAUGCUUUGUGAGAUCCUGAAAAACAAAGUUUUUUUUUUUAUAAAGGAUUUUGCUCUUCAUGUCUUUUCUUGAUAAUCAUUCCUAUUUAACCUCUGGAAUUAUACUCCCUAUUGUGGUGCAUAAAUGAAUGUGAUAUGCUAUCAUUUUAUUUAUAGUCCAUGUAGUUCAACUGGUAGAGCAUAGUACCAGCACACCAAGGUCAUGGGUUUGAUUUUCUUGGGACACAUACUGUUAAAAUGUAUACCUUGAGCACACGAAGUUGCUUUUGAUAAAAGCAUUUGCCAGAUUUUUUUGGUUGCAUCUAAAAAGCAUGCUACCAUUUAAUUUGUGGGGAGGGUUUUUGGUAGCCAAGUGGAGAAAUUUUGUGUAAUUUAACUCGUCCUAAAUCGGAUGUGGCCCCUUUAAGACCGGAGUUUUGAGAAACCUGCUUUCCAGUACUCUCUUGUGUAAAGAGACGUGAGAAGGAAGAUACGUUGUCCAAAAGAGCUCCCGGUUUUGUUCAUCCUUUGAGAAUUCUUUGCGAUGCAUAUGGAUUGUGUGUGGAGUUUCACCACAUUUUGGCAUACGUGCAAUGACUGGCCUCUACCGUAUUUCAUUGUUUUAUUUCAUUUUUUGUAUACCGACCACUGUUUUUUUUUUUUAUAAAUAGCCGUCAGAAUAAAACCCUCCCAAAAUAUUUUUGUAUUCCGUGUUUCUUUACAACCAUCGGCUACAAUUUUUUU